AUGCGAGCAGCCCAGGGACGCACUUCGCAGGACAUCGCUAAUGCUCUGGCCAUGGAUCAAACCACUUGGCUGUUCGUUUCUCCAUCGGCGCCAUAUUUUGGUGGAUUACGGGGUGCCGCCGUCAACUCUACCAAGCAUCAUUUCAAAAGAGUUAAUGGAACUUCCACUCUAACUUUUGAGGAGAUCUCAAAGGUAUUGUCACAUAUGGAGGAAUGCCUUAAAUCAAGACCACUACAAGCAAUCACUGAUGAUCCAAGUGAUUUAUUUGCGCUUACACCAGGACAUUUUCUCAUUGGAGGACCACUCACAGUUGUUCCUGAACCAUCGCUUAUCCAAGAAUAUGGUCCUGCGAAUGAAAGGUGGAAAAUGUUCCAGAAAAUGCCGUUACAUGCUGUCCGAAUAGCUACUACCGAGUUAGAAAGAACGAUUCUGAAGCUCUGUCUCCUCCCUCCUGUAAAAGAAGAUCUUGAAUAG